AUGGGGAGCGGGGCGGUUAUGGAUUGGAUGCUUAACCGUCUGUGCCCCAAACUGACCCCUGCAAAUAGCAUCCGCAGCAAUUCAUACCCCUUCGACCAUGAAUUAUUUGACCGCAACCCGUCCUUGUCCACACCCCAGUGCUUAAAAUCGGAGAGUAAUGCAGACGAUAUCUCCAGUGGCCAUGGAGGCGGCAAACAAUCAAAUUUAUAUUUUCGACAACAGUCAACAUUGGUGGAAGAGUCCAUCCAUGCAAUGGAUACAGGCGCAGUGCAUUCAGUCAUUGUUGGAAGCCCCGACGAUGCAGAGUUUAGCAACGGCGAGAUUCUGGUCGAAAGCGAGAUGGAAGAAUUAUACAACAAGAUAAGUUGCCAGAAUCUAAGCAGUUCUAUUUAUUUGGACAAAGAGUUCAGGAUUCCGCUCAAGUUAGACACCAGUAACGAGGUACCUAGAUACCCCUACCAAUACGAGCAAAUGUACUACCAAAGCGGCGCACAGGAAGAAUUAGAUCCAUUUUCGUUCAAAAUCAUUCCACAUGAUGCGUUUUUAACAGAUUCAUUCAACGCUAUAACCACCCGCAUGUACGCCCAUAAGAUAGUCCACGAGCCACAGGCGGGCGUCGAACCCAACGGGGCCAACAGGGCUGAUUAUACGCUGCAUACUGGCCAAGGGCGAAUUGGUGGCAGCGGCAGCUGGGAACCAAUCGCCACUGUAAAUGGAUCUGAUCCAGAAGACCUGGAUGAAGAGUUUGACUUUGACGAGAUUGAGAUGGAGGGUGAUACGGCGUGUGGCCAGGACGAGAGGCAACAGGCGGGCACAGAGUCGGAAGAAAAGGAGGCCAUGAAGAUAAAUGAUUACCUUUGGGGGGAGACUAGUUGUACAUUUAACUCUCUUGUAUCUGUUAUACAAGUUUCUGUGGCUCUAGAUGGGUUGGCCGAGAAGAUUGUAGCAGGGGAGGAAAAGCCCAUCUACUCUACAAUUGACCUCAGGGAAGUGGAAAACCAGCGUGAAAUAUGCGCCAGAGAUAAAUUUUUAGCGUAUCGCAAGUUAAUGUGUAACUAUCGCAUAUCUGAACCCAAGUCUCAAGCGUCAGACAAGGGGGGGCCUAGAGAUGCUAUGGUUGGAAGGAAUUCGUUACUGCACGCAGCCAGUCGUUUUUACAUCUCAUUGGUGACGCACUCACCUUGUCCUCAAAUUAUUUCGUUACUUCGCACUAUGAUUUACGAUUUGAACGCUCCAAACACUAUAUAUAGGAUGUCGAAUUGUGGUACUUCUGGCGGGGAUAAUGGAGUUAUAUGCCAUAACCCGUACCUUCUACGUGAUUUGGACGGGUUGGCAUACCUCCGCCCACCCAUAUGCUAUGGAGAGGAUGGCUAUAAUGAUGCAAGCGGGGAUAUGGGAGAAUCAUACAAGAAAUGGAAGCGUAAGAUGCAGAUUUUAGAUAAGGAGACGCGUUUGGCACUUGUAAACAUGGGAAAGUCACUAGAAGAUAUUGAAUCUACGUACAUGCAAAUGGAGAAUAGAAAGACUACUAAUUCUGUGCUGGAGUUUUACCAAAUGACACAGAUAUUUGGGAAGGUCAGUAAGGAUAGUCUCUGCAACCAUUCAUUCGAUGAGAUAUAUAACUCAAAGUAUCCCUACCAGGGCGCCUUUGAGGAGGCGGACCUUUCCAUACGUCCAAUCAUGCACAGCCGUAUAGCCCUAAACCUCACGGGCACGCAGCCCGUUUGCGGCAAGGGAGCCAAGAUCUCGAUGGCUAGGUUCCACAGGCCAGAUUUCCGGGAGGGGAUUUUCAAGGCCCACCUGCAGUACAUCCGCGGAGGGGCUGACCCUAGCGGGAUUUGGGCGCCGUGGAGGUCCAGGGGACCUCUGGAAUCGACUGUUCUUAGCAGAUACCGACAGGGCGAUUAUGACGCUGGAGAUUUGCCGCUGGGUAUGUACAUGGAGGGCGAAAAGGAGGAAACAAACCUCACGCAUCACCCUGCGAAUUAUUUUUUAGAGGAGUUUGAUUUAUCACUCUCAGAUGACUGCUCGUUCGCAGUGUUAGAAUACGUUGAACAGUUCCCAUUCUACCUCUCUAACCCGGGUAUGGCCUCUCGUGUCUCCAGGUACCUGCCCACCUCCGGGGGGCCUACUGGAGAGGCAGAAGACGGUAACCCUAAUGAAUCCGCCGCAGCAUUUGACAUGUUCAGGGACAAUGCCAGGCUUUUGGGCCCGCUAGGUAUGGUACAUAAACGGGAUGGGAUCGAUAUGUUUGGAGUUAUGCGGAAGGUCCGCUAUGGAAUGGCCGUGAUAGAGAAUCACUUAUACCGGGCUCCAAUAUUUCACCACCCACUACCCCAAAAUGUAACAGACGGCACGGGAACUUGUACCAACACGAAUUGUGACUUCCUUCUUAUCAGGCGCAGUUGGUGGGAGGAUGGAGAGCGACGAAUAGCGAUCUUUUUGCGUCAACUUGUGCCAAUGGUGAGAUCUGACUCUUGUGGGGAUUAUGAAGGCGGGGCCCUGUAUACCGUGGGACAGUGUGAGCCCAAGUUAGAGGUCCCGGCACCCGAUUCAAAAGUGUAUUACGAGGACAUGAAGAACCUCAUACGUGCCUGGGUUGCCAGGCGCGUCUCUGAGUGGCCAGAGGGUACUGCAGACUUCAAGCGGCUGCGGGAAGAGGCCAAGGCUACAUUUUGCCCACAUGUUCCAGAUAGGGAUGUGGCACAAAUUGUGAAGAGCGUAGAGGGUCAGCCCAGCCCCGAGGCGGCCCGCCCAAUCAAGCCCGAAACCGUAUGCCUAUUGGAAUCAGCACGUGCUGCCUUGCAAAGGCUGCAGCUAAUCGGGAUAUCCAGCCUACAGACGGUUGAUCGAUUGGCUUCAAUUCUUAUGCUGAUCGAGGAAGAAGAGCGGGAGUGCGAUAAUCGAGACAGGAACGCCCGUGAAUUCCGUCGGCAGCUUCAAAUUGAAUAUGAAAAGCGAACAGAGGCCCUUGGGAUCGCGGACAUGGCCCGCGGGCCCAGAAGCGAUUUUCCCGCAGACUUUACCGUUUCACUAUACGGCCAUUUGGGACCCAAGCACUUUUCACCCCUUGUUAGGUUUGUAGAGGAGGCGCUGAAGCUCACGCCCUGGAACAUAACGCGCGACUGCCGUCUGGUCCUCAGCAAUAAAGGCUCUGCCCAGUUUAUGCUCUACGGGUUUGCCGAUCCCUCGGGGGGGAGGGGAGAGGCCAUAAACCUUCUUAAACGGCAAAAUAAAGACGCCCAGCACUUUAGGGUGGGUUCUGUGGCCGGAACGCUAGAGGACCUGCGAAAGCUGUCCAUGCCCGAGCUACGGAAAAGGCUACUAAAAUAUGGAGUCUCUGAUCAGGUGAUCAGCUCUUUGCCGCGCUGGGAUCAAGUGGCCCUAGUACGUCAGUACAGGAGUGGGUUCGGUAUCGCCGGCGACGGGGCUGACGACUUCAAGUUCAGGCUUGCGCCUGAAGAGUACCAAAGGCGCAUAAACCAAAUCCUCGACAGGCAGCACUUGGCACUGGCCCUCAGCGACCCGGCUGUGGAUGAGGAGGCGGCGUUGGACGGCUCGUCCUCCGUUGGGGAUCAGGGCCUGGAGCUCGACGACCUGGUGGACGAGCUGGCCGGGGAGCUGGACGAGGCGGUGGGAGAGGGGACAUGUCCCACUGCCCCUGCGGACGCCGAGGAGAGGGAGUUGAGUAUACUUCGGCAGCGCCAGGAGGUGACGGCUGUCACUACAGAGGAGAAGUGGAGGGACGCCGAGAGGUACGUGCCGGUCCCUGGGAUAAUGUGGCUGCGCCGCGACAGGGGGAGCUCCACCGAGGAGUUUGCCAACGAGCGGGCUGUCUUCGUCUACGGCCGGGAGAACAUAGAGAAGUUCAUCGAGUGGAGGAGGAAGAGGGGGGCCCUCGAUAGGAAGCACCCGAGGGCCGAGGACGACGGCUCCGGGGAGAGCAAACGUCUCUGUCGCGUGUGUGGACAGCCUGGCCACAUCGCAUCCAACAUAAAGUGUCCGUUCUACCGCGAGGGAAACGUACGCGUGGAGAGGAACAGGAAGGAACCCCGCUCCCUGGAGAGGGGGGAGGGGUUCGAGCUGCUGUCCUCUCUGGAUGUUCUUUCUGAGGCGUCCCUUCUGGACGUCGUGCCUGAACGAGAACGAGGGGGGGGAGGGCCUGCUGUGGAUUCGGACGAGGAGCUUGGCGCCCUUGGGCGUCGACGCGGGCCUCGCCUGCCCAGAGCCCCGCCGCACGGUGCAAGGAGGAGCGUGUCUAGGAAACCCCGACGGCCAUCCUAA